GGGGGCGCGCGGGGAUGGGGGGGCGGGGGCGCGCGCGGCCGCCGUCGGGGGCGCGCCCGGGGGCUCCCCUUGUGUGUGCGUGCGUGCGGGGCCGCGGCCGGGGCCGGGGCCGCAGCGGGGCCGGCCGGCGCCAUGGAGGAGCUGAGCAGCGUGGGAGAGCAGGUCUUCGCCGCCGAGUGCAUCCUCAGCAAGCGGCUCCGCAAGGGCAAGCUGGAGUACCUGGUCAAGUGGCGGGGCUGGUCCUCCAAGCACAACAGCUGGGAACCCGAGGAGAACAUCCUUGAUCCGAGACUGCUCCUCGCUUUCCAAAAGAAGGAACACGAGAAAGAAGUGCAGAACCGCAAGAGAGGCAAACGGCCCAGGGGCAGGCCCAGGAAACACGUGGAACCAGAGAUGCCCUCAAAAAGUAAGUCAAGUAGUUCCUCUUCCUCAACAUCCUCCUCUUCUUCCUCCUCCGAUGAAGAGGAUGAAAGUGACCUGGAAGCAAAGAGAGGUCCCCGCAGCAGAGAGACUCACCCGGUUCCCCAGAAGAAAGCUCAGAUCCUGGUGGCAAAGCCAGAAAUGAAAGACACUUCCAGAAAGAAGCGUGGGCGGAAACCUCUCCCCCCAGAGCAGAAGGCAGCUCGGAGGACCGUGAACUUGACAAAAGUGCUGAAAACGUCCCGCAAGGAGGUGGGGAGCAGUGCCAAGCUGAUGGGGAAGCUGCAGCCCCAGCACAGCACGCAGGGCUCAGGGAUGGCUGUGCUGAAGGAAGCGCCGGGCACCUUGGCUGGGCUCAGCUCCGGAGGGUCGUCGGCAGAAAACCUCCCCAGCAUGAUGAAGAGCGGCUCCACCAGCCCCAACCGGGCCAUCAGCUGGCAGAGCUCCAUCGUGCACUACAUGAACAGGAUGUCCCAAAACCAGAGCUCGGCAGAGACCUCGCCCCUGAGCAGGCUCGCGCUGAAGUCGCAGGCAUCGAGCAAGAGCGGCUUAGGGCUGGACCUAAAAAUGAGGAACCAGAAAGGAUCUGGGGAGCUUGGGCUGACCAUGCAGGGAGCCAAGACUGCCAAGGUUCCCGGCGGUGGUGCUGGAGGGGACCCGAAGUCUGGGUUCGCUGCAGGAGCCCAAAUGCUGCACAACGGCAGCAAGACGCCUGCAAGCUCGGCUGUGCCCGGGAGCCAGCUGGCAUCCAGUCAGGAGCUGAACCUCCAAGCUUUAAACUUGCAGAGUGUCAAAAAUGGGCAGAACGCAGCCGGGGGAAGCAGCCUCCCUCGCCACGUGUGCAGCGCCCUGUCCAAAAGCGCCGGGGCAGCGGCGAGCGCGGGUGCCGCCGUCACGAAGGGCAGCGGAGCUGGUGCCGGAUCGAAUGCUGCCAGCGUGGGGGACAGCAGCAAGAGUGAGAAGCAGGCGCACAGAGCGGUCACUGGCGAGAGGGACUUGGCCAAAGGUGGCACGGCCGGCACGCAAGAGGGGCACGUGGCCCCCGAGAGCCGCAAGGCAGCCGCCCUCUCCGAAGUGAGCACAGGCGAAGAGACCAGCUCGGACUCGGAUCGGGAUUCUGCUUCCUUCCCCAGCGUGGGUCAGAACAUGUCCGUCUCCAUCCAGACCAGCCAGGACUGGAAGCCCACCCGCAGCCUGAUCGAGCACGUCUUCGUCACGGACGUCACCGCUAACCUGAUCACAGUGACGGUCAAGGAGUCCCCCACCAGCGUCGGGUUCUUCAACCUGCGGCAAUACUGAGCCAGGGAGCGGGAGAGGAGGGAGGCGGUCCCCAGGCCUCUCCCGUAGCCUUGCCCAGCUCUCCCGUCAGGUUUUUCUUUCUUUAGGUGAACGCCCCAUGGCAGGGACUCGCAUGGUGACCGUCCGCCCCUGCCAGCGGCUGCCUCCGUUCCCUGCAGCGCGGCGCCCAGUGCUGCAGGCAGUGCCAGCUCGGACACUGUCUGCAGCACCCACGCGCACCCCGCGAGACCUGUUGAGACUUGUGCUCAGAGGGCCAGGGAAACGUACGGUGAAACCCGCUCAGAAGUGCCAGCACAUGAGGGAGUCCCUUCCUGCUGCCCUUCGUCCUGCCAGAGCCGGGGGCCAGCACCGUGGGCCGGGAGCGGAGGCGUUGUGCUGCCGGGAGGGGACGGGCUGGCAAGUUCUGAGCCAGGCUUCACCGUACGCGGCUCUCCCUGCUUGGCAGCUUGAGAUGGCAGAACACAGCGCAGGGCUCUGGUGGCAGGGAGAAGGGGUGGAGGGGCCACGGGCCAGGCUGACGCUCGGGAGAGGAAAGGAGAGGAAAGGAGAGCCUCUUCUCUCCUCUGGGCGCCCCGUGAAUCCACCUGCAAGCUGCGAGGACAGUCACAAGUCGAUCCAAAUAGACAGCUGAUGCUCCCAGCACCCAAGGGCUGGGGGAUGGCUGUGGUACGGGGGUUUUUCAGGGUACAUUAAGUCCAGCCACCCCCCUGGGCUAGGUCAGUUCCAAUGAUGGUGAAAUCCACGAUGUCUCCGUUGUGGUUUCCAGCUGAUAAGGAAAUACUGUUUACAUUUUUUAUUAAGGGAAAAACCUUUUUUUUAGAGGGAGGGGAAUAAACCCAGUCUAGCAAAGGCUGAAUGGGAGACACUGAUGAGACAGGGUGGCAAAGAUGCCUCUUUGAGAGCAAGGGGCAACGGGCAGCAGGCAUCGAGUCCUGUUGUACAGCCCAGUGAGCCCAGAGCCGCUCCUCUGCCUCCGCCUUGGCCUCACACUCAGCAGCAUCCAGGCACUUGCAGGGACCAAGCUGGGGAAUAUUUGUUCAGUCCUGCAGAACAUUCAAACUCUCUUGACAGCAGGUAGGUUGGUGCUAUGGCUCCCAGUUGGCUGAGGUUGGUGCUGGAGUUGGGUUAAAAACCAGCUGGACCCAGUACCGCUGUCAAGCCCCGUGCCUUGGAUGCUCAUCGGUGUUGAACUGUGCUCAGUGUCCCCGUUUUUCUCCAGCUGGAGGGCUCGGGGGCUGGUGGAGGACAACGCCUGCCCGGGUUGCCCAGAGCAGUCGGCAGCAGGCACCCACUGCUGCUGGCCCCCCAGGCUGCGGCAUCUUCUGCGGCCACCUCGCCCUCCCGUCCCGAGCCAGCAGCUGGGUUGUUAAUUCUGGCUUGUAAUUGCAACCAAUAAUGGCUUUUUUACUGAGGUCUUUUUCCCUGCUAUAGAUUACUCUUACAAGCCAAAAUUAACAGCAGUAGUUCAGGCAGAGUUUAAUAGCAUUUGAGGUCAUUUUAGUUCUGUUAAUGCUGAACUCCUUCUCUGGAGAAGAUGCAAAGCCUGCCGCCUGCCAGGUCUCUGGGUACGUUAUUAGGAAGUGCCUCCAGGGUCUGCGCCGUGGCUCGGGGUAGCUGCAGGUAUGGCAUCAGCAUGGCUCAUCGCUCACCGGACCACUGUGCCCUGCCACGGGGCCGAGCAUCUUAUUUUGCCAUGGAGGGGGCACUUGCGGCCUCGGUACCCACAGGAGCGCAGAGAGGAAAAGAGACCAAAUGGAGGGUACAUGUUUCUGAAGCCCCAAUGCAUCAGACCACCACGGCUGCGUUGGCUGCCGGUGGUGCAAUUCUCAGGUGAAAUGAAAAACCAGCGAUGGCAGCGUUUGCUGCCUGGGUGCGAAAGGGACGUUGUUCCCGUUGUUCCCUGCGUGGUGGCUGCCAUCUCCAGGAAAAGCUCCUGUGGGCUAGAAACGGAUUCCCUUAGCUUGUUAUUUAAUCUGCAGCCGUCCUGUUGGUCAUGGCUUUGAGAUGGUUUUGUUCUAGAGCUUGAGUGCAGCAUCCUGCGGGAGCUGAUGGCGAGCUGGGGUGGGCCAAGGGGUAUCCCUGCAGCUCCUGUGCGGUUGUCCCCAUGCGCAGCCACGCUGCCUUGAAUGUCACUUCGCCACAGUGCCAGGCAGCUGGGGACCAGGGGGAUUUGCUGCAAGCCGCCUGCAGAAGGCCUCGUGCAGCCCCAGGCCUGCAGCGGGCUGGGCUCUGCUCCACGAGGCAAAGGGCCCCAGGGAAGAGGUGAGCCUCAGGUGAGCCUCGUCCACAGAUGGGGUUCCCAAAGGACAGUGUCCGUGGAGCUCCACAAUGCCAAAAUGUCAGUCUGUUAUGUUUACCUUGUAGUCUUUAACGUUGCCAAACGACGUACGGUUGCUUUGAAAAGUCCAAGGAAACAUCAGCCUGUGUUAGCAGAAACGAGCACUCCAGGCGCAGCCUCGCGUUCUGGGGGGGUAACCGAGGGGUUUGUGGGACCUCCGAGGUAAUGCCCGGCUCUCUUCCCCACACACCAAAUGUUUGCUAGUUGGCCUUUGCAGAUCCAAACUACACAACAAUGUGCCUUUUGCAACUGUCCUUACUUCAGCCUUGUCCGUGACACCGGUCCUACGACAGGUUUGUGCCUAUGCAAAGCUGGGGUGGUCACAGGGUGCUGGGGACAGCCGCGACCCCACAGGACACCCAGCCCCGAGUGCUGGAGGUGGCCGAUGGAUGCUUCCGAGGGGAAGCCGGCCCGGCAGGGAUGCUCUUGCCUAGGAUGGGAUGUGGGGCUGGUGUCCCAAGCUGGCUGCCGAAGGGGAAAAGCGUUUGAGGAUGGUCUGAGAAGGGGUCAGGCACUCAGCACCCCCAGAAGGUGCAUGAGGUGAGACAGGAGGGCAGAUGGCGUGGGCAUUGCUCACCGGCUCCGAGAAGGCUGCUCCCUCCAGAGUGCCCCAUCGCAGCCCCAGUGCCUUUCUCCUUCUGGCAGCUUGCUCCUGCCCCGGGCCAGGCUGACGCCCCCCCAGGCUAACACCCCCCUGGGAGGGCGAGCAGCCCCAUGGCUUCACCCAGCGUCCCCAGGCAUUGCCCUAGGUAGCGGCAGGACUCUGCUGUCACCGCUUUUAGCUAUUGUGCCUUUCUGCUCACCAGCUGGUUCGAUUCCAAAGGUUUAAGAAUGGUGAAAAUGAUAAUCCAGAAUUUUUUCUAAACUUCAUCUCAUCCCUCCCCCCCUUCCCCAGCCCCUCCUGACCUCGUGUUUCAGGACCUUGACUCUCCCAGCGGCGCUGGCGUGCGUCUGAGUGAAAGGUUUGUGUUGAAGUUUGCCUCUCAAAGGCACAUUAUGUGAGUGAUUUACGGAAAUCUUUUGUGGACAGAGGUUGAAAGCUGAUGCAGACCGUGUUUACCAGUCAGUGCCAUUAGUAUUCAAGGUCUACCUUUUUAUUUUUUAUUUUAAGUUUGCUGCUAUGGGUUUGAGUGUUCAGUUGUGUGUCAAACAACCAAUUAAAGGUUUGUCACUUGUCAUUUUCUAAGGGGUUUCCGAUGUGGAAAGUCCUGCAGUAUUUGUAUAUUGAAUGGAUAUUUUCUCCAGGCAUAAUCUGGUUAAGUAUACUUGUUGUUUUCCAUUGGACUGGAAGAGGUGGCCAAUUCAGCCAUCUUCCUUAGAAGCCUAGUAUAUUUUUAUAUAUAUAUAUUUGUACCAAAAAAAAAAAAAAAAUGGAGCUUGUGGAAGGACGGGGAUGGUUUCAGGACGUUCAGUUUGCUUUGAGUUUCUGAUCUGAGUGUGAAGGGCUCCAGAGAGGGAGAGGUUUUUACUGAAAGAAAUUGGGUGAAAACAAACAAUUGUUCUUGUAACUUGCGCCAGUCACUGGUCUGAUUUGUAUGUUUUAAUUAAAGAGAGAGCCAAAUCGUUCCUGUAUGACACUUAUAAUUGCUUUAAACUACAGCUGUUUGUUUGCUUUUAUUUUCAGAGAACAAAAGUUGGAGAUGGUAUUACCCUGGGAAAGCUUAAGUGCUUUGCUGGAGCAGGACAGCCGCCCGGCCCGCGGAGCGACGCAGGGCUCCCUGGGCCGCGGUCACCCUCACGCCAGCUCGCUCGGUUCCGUGCUGUGUGGUUCCUGGGACUGCUGGACACUAGUGCUAGUUUAGACCUCUAGGCUACUUUUAAUUUAUUUGCAGGAAAACACUAGGAGAUGCUACGUCGGGCGGGUUUUUUUUUUUUUUU